AUAAAGCAUAUCAAAUUAGCAAUGGCAACUAUAAGGGUUUCGUCCAUUAGAAAUCCGUUUUCUUCUACAAUUUGUAGAAAUAUAUAUCGAUAUAAAUCAUUUCGCGGUUCCACAAAGAGUUUUUGUUCGCUACCAUAUCUCGGAAAUGGGUCUAUUCGACAAAGUUUUCGGGUGGGAAGACAGCUCUCAUGUUGUAAAACGUUCAAACGCCGUUUGAAUGCGAAAAAGACAGAUUCCGAAGAUGACGAGGAAGAAGAUGAAGAUGAAUCAAAGGCAGUGGAAACAGUUUUACAAUUGUACACAGAUAUCAAGAACAAGAACAUGAAAGGAGUUGCUGAAGUCAUUGGGGAUGAAUGCAAUUGCUUCUGCAAUUUCUUAUCCACUUUCCGGUCGUUGCAUGGCAAGAAGCAAGUAUUGGCAUUCUUCUACUGGUUGAUGAAGAUAUUGGGGGAGAACACAAAGCUCGUGGUCAAACCCUCCUCCAAGAACGGCUUGACCGUCGGCGUCCACUGGCGACUCGAAUGGGAGAAGCCGAACAUUCCUCUGGGGAAAGGGUUCAGCUUCCACAUCUGCCAUGUCUAUCAGGGGAAGCUACUGAUAAAGAAUCUAGAGAUGUUCAUGGAGCCAAUCUUUCACAUGGAACCUAUAAGACUUAAAGCCAUAGCUUUUGCGGUGAGCAUGGCAGAGAAGAUGAGCACUUACAUGAGACCUGGAGAGAACACAAGAAAACAAGCCAUGACCCUCCUUUUGCUUUCUCUGGUUCUGCUCACAGUAGCCAUAGUCUACUUCACACGACCGAGGUUCUGCUGAAUGCAAAAUCACUAACCAAAAACAAAAAAAAGUCUGAAACAACGGGUGAAGCCCGGGAGAACUUAUCGGUAGGCUGCUAAAUAUUCCAUAUCUAAUGUUAUAGCUUAGAAGCAACAGCGAAACCAUAAAUUGAACAUGGUUCUACACAUCGAAGGGCAAAAGGCAUAAAUACAAAAUAUCCUCGCGGUUUGCCCAUGAGCUACAUUUCCCGACUAAACAGGAGCCAGAGAUAUCCAGGGUAUUGUAAAUACGAUAUUCACCCUAACCAUGUCGAUACACAACCAGCUAAACAGAUAA